AUGUCUCCCCUUCUGCGGACGCUGACGUGGACAAUCAGCACUGACACCAUCAUCUCAUCGAGCUGCCUGUUGCUGCUGGUGCACCUGUACCUGCAUGACUACAAUUUUGUGAACAGCGUGACAGACAAGCUGACCGGCAGCGUUUCGCUGGGGUCUGCGGUCUUCGCGUCCGUCCUCAUCGCAAGCAGGCUGCCAUCUUAUCAGCACGUGUUUGUCCAGAUUCUCUUCUCCCUGGAGCUGUACCUCCUGGGGCCCUUCGUGCGGCGGUACAUUCGUCAGAUGUCCACCACCAUCCACCUGCUCCUGACCGUUGCCUCUCUUGUCGGCAGCGUGCUCCUGGUGGCCCCCCUGUCCCCGGUGCUCACCGUGCUGUACUGCCUGACUGUGCUGCUGGUGUCCUUCGUCUGUCCCCUGGCACUGGUGCGCCUGCACAAGUUCAAGGCCAAGAUCAACGGACCUUGGGACGAGGCGGUGCCCAGCGUGCCGGUGCGCCUGGUGCACAGGCUGCGCAGCAGGCGGGAGAGCCAGAAGUGA